AUGGAACCCUUAGUGUCACUCCCUCCCAGCCCCCAACCCCUGGACUUAAACGAACGCCUCGUCUUCAACGGUUACCGCGUCGAGGACGAAAGGUCCAGAGCUAAAUACGUCUCAGGGCAGGGCAUACAUGCCGCUUCCAAAGAAGAAGUCCCACUCGCUCUAGCCUCCAACCACGAAUACAUGGUCCUCCAAUACCAAAUCCUAGGCCAUCUACACGGGCGCCGUCCACAGCCUCCAGAUCUGCCGCCCUUCGAACCCUCGCCGUUCAUAUCUGUCUUUGCAGACUGGGCAUCGGCAGACCACGAAGCGCGCCGCAGGGCUGAGCGGGGUAUCCAAAAUGUGGCCGUCUAUCACAUCGCGAUCACGGGGAGCGAUAUGCGCGAGUACGGUCCGAUUGUGUUUAUUUUUGUUCCCGAGGCGUUGGAGUGGUUGAAUUAUCCGGUACCCGAGUGGAUUCAUCUGGAUGAUGUCGGGAAUGUGUAUCUCUUUGUCCAUCACAUUCCGUCGCGGUGUGUUAGGAGGCGGCUUCCAUACUGGUCCAAUUGCAUCGAGCCCGGCGGUGAUGGAGACGAAGAUUCGUAUGACAGCCAGGAUACAGGAGAGGACUGGCAUGACGCGGAAGAUAAUAAUACGCAUCGAUGA